UUAUUCUAUAAAAUAUUUUAUAUUUAAUCAAUUUAGUAAAUUGUUUAGUAAAUAAAUAAGAAAGUAAAUAUGGCAAAGUGGGGUGAAGGUGAUCCACGUUGGAUUGUUGAAGAACGCCCUGACGCAACGAAUGUCAACAAUUGGCAUUGGACUGAGAAAAACGCUACGAAUUGGUCCAAGGAGCGCUUAACACAGUUAUUAAGCGGUAUCAAAAUUAAGAAAGAUCAAUUCGAAUGCGAUAUUUAUAAAGUAGACGAAUGCUUCGGCGAAGCUACGGUUAACAAUCGUAAGGGUAAACUUAUAGUUUUCUAUGAAUGGAGAUUGGUACUUAUAUGGACUGGAAUAAUACUGGAUAGUGAUAGUGAAUUAGACCAUAAAGGAAAAAUUACAAUACCUAAUUUGUCUGAAGAGAAUGAUAUAGAUGAAAUCGAGAUAACCAUAUCUAUUGAUGAGUCCAAUGAUGAGUCGGAGACCCUAAAGGAGUUUAUGUACAAUGUCGGACGAGAUGUCGUGCGGAAAAAAUUGGCGUUGUAUAUUAAGGAAUUAAAAGAAGAGUAUUCUAAAAAUUUGAUACUUCCAUUGAAGGGUGAAGUGAACGCGGAUGGUUCACCCAAAGUGAAACAGCCGGCUUCCAGUGCCGCUACAGAGACUAAUCUAUUAAAUAGCAUAAAUGCAGUGAAAGUCAGCGAUUCCCCAAAGAGUGACGUUGGCUGUAAAUUGGACGUAAAGUCAUUGACAAUGACCGUCGAGUUCAAUUGUACUGCGAACGAUUUAUAUAACACCUUAACAAGAGAUAAUAUGAUAGCUCUUUUCUCGGGUGCACCUGCUAAAGUAGACGCAACGCGUGGUGGCGCAUUCUGGAUCUACGGCGGCAAUAUCUAUGGCCAAUUUGAAGAGUUGAUACCAGAGAAAAGAAUAAAACAAACUUGGCGACUUAAAAACUGGCCAUCAGGAUACUUUUCUGAAGUUACAAUGGAUCUUGAACAAAACAGAUGCAGCACCCAAUUGAAAUUAACACAAACUGGCAUUCCUGCCUCCGAAUUUGAUGGCAUGCACGCCAAUUGGCAUCGCUAUUACUGGCAGAGUAUUAUACGCAAAUUUGGUUUUGGUAGCACUCUAGCUGAUAUAUUGUAAAGCUCGCUGUGUGACUGUCGUCGAUGUGUAACGUGCAAGCAUUGAGACAACAAAAAAAAAAAAAAGAAUGCUGCGUUUAACAAACCCAUCAACUUACAAACAUAGGUAAAUGAAGGUAAAUAGUGUAAAGAGUAACAAUAGCAGCAACGACAAGGAUAGGCAACAUUAUAGGAUAUUUAAUGUUUUUUUUUUUUUAAUUUUUUUUUUUUUUAGAUUUUAUUUAUUAUAAAUAUUAACAUCUGACAAAUGUGGUCAUCUCAAUAAUUUUGUACACAAAAUAUACAUUUGCAGAGAAAUAAGUGAAUUGUUAAUGAUUGCGCAAAAACAUUUGUUUUGCUCAAUAACACAAACUUUUUGAGAAUUCAAGCAAAUCAUUUGAAUAUCUGCCAUUUUGCUUUUUAAUCUAUAUAUUUUUUUAUUUUAAGAAAUCAGCUUGUCUAUGUAAUUUCUUGAAAAUGCAAAAAAUAAAAAAUCGCAAAUAAAGAAAAAAUCUGCUACACAAAUUGAA